AGAACACACCCGCACUGAAGCAAGACAAAAGUAGGUCUUUUCCUCCAGCUACCCGGCCACUCGCUCCAACUCCGGCGACCUCGCCGCCGCCAUGGAACGAUGGACCGGCGUCCUCCACGUCCCGCUCUCGCAAGGAGGUCCCCUCUUUCGCGUCGCUGCCUCGCUCAUCCUGACGCCAUCCAAAGCCCUUGCCGUUCCACGCGCCAACUCGAUCCUCUUCACGGGCGACCGCGUCCGCGACACUGGGGAGCCAACGAUCGAGCGGCUCUCAGACGCUACCUAUCUCGCCGGGCUUCUCGCUGGGAAGCUCGCAGGGGAAGCCAACGCGUGGGUGGUCGAUGCCGCUUCCUUUGCUGGGCAGUUUGCGGUUUACCGGGAGCUUGUUCCGUCCGUGGACGCCGUUGGUGACCCCGAGCGGUAUGACCCCACUGACCUACCGGCGGCGACUGGCGUUGCCAACAUCUUGUCACAUUGUGUCGGGGAGAUACAGAACAUGAUCAGGAGAGGGUCAUUGAAGGAUUCUGAAAACAAUCAAGAACCCUCUGCAUCAUUACUCUCACACUCUCCUCCUAAGACUAUCAUCCUGGGAUUCAGUAAGGGUGGAGUUGUUGUGAACCAGCUUGUGACAGAACUUUCUUGUUGGGCAUCAAAAUCAACCAACGGUUUAGUUGAUGUUUCACAACGAAACCCGGCCCUGCUGAUCCUUAAUCUACUUGUUCCUGCUACAGCUAGUGAUGUUUUAUCAACCAUUUCUGAAUUCCAUUAUUUGGAUGUUGGCCUCAAUUGUGCUGGAGCAUACAUUACUAAUCUUGCAGUGAUUAAGGGGAUAGGUAAUUAUGUUUCCCAGAUUACUGAUAAUCUCCGUUUUGCCCUCCAUGGCACUCCGCGGCAAUGGUCUGAUCCGAACCGCCCAUGGAUCCUGACAGAGAAAGACACAAUGCUGCAGUUGCUUCAAGACGAGGCUAAAAAUUGUGAAGGGAGACUGCUGCUAUCUGAAAAGAAGUAUUUUGAUGGUAGACCACUCAGUCUGCUGAUGCAUUUUGAGAUUUUGGAAGUAAUGGAUGUCGCUUGAUAUUCAGUCCCCGCAGCUUGUAGCGUUGUACUCGUCUCCAGAGCAUGUCCAGCAUGUACAGUGGAUAAAGAAUGUGAAUAUGCGAGUCUUAGAUGCUUUCAUCCUUGCAGACUUCACCAUAGUUGCAUCCUUUCAUUUGUUAUGCUUAAAUAUAUGAUACUCCCUCUGUCCCAUAUUGUCGCAACUUUGUCGACACACUUAAGUACAUCUAGGUACAUGGUGUCUAGACAAUAUUGUGACACUUAAUAUGGGCGGAGGGAGUAAGUCUUUACUGAGCAACCAAUGCCAGUUGAAUUCCUCAAACCAAACAUUCGAUGAAAUAUGGUUUAGAGUUUA